UUCCGCCUUUCGCCGCUAGGUGGCCCGGAGUGCCGCCAUUGUACGUACAAUAUUUCACAAAUUCCCUUUUACAAAAAGCCGUCAGGCAGCGAGCGGUGGCUAGCCGGCCAGCUAGCUGCGGUAGCUACCAAACAUGCAGAAAUAUGAGAAACUCGAGAAGAUAGGCGAAGGUACCUAUGGAACGGUCUUCAAAGCCAAGAACAGAGAAACUCAUGAGAUUGUCGCUCUGAAGAGAGUGAGAUUAGAUGACGACGACGAGGGUGUCCCAAGUUCGGCUCUGCGGGAGAUCUGUUUAUUGAAGGAGCUAAAACACAAAAAUAUAGUCAGGUUGCACGAUGUUCUGCACAGUGACAAAAAGUUAACGUUAGUGUUUGAAUACUGCGAUCAGGACUUAAAGAAAUAUUUCGACAGCUGCAAUGGUGACUUAGACCCUGAAACUGUCAAGUCCUUCAUGUACCAGUUAUUAAAAGGUCUGGCCUUCUGCCACAGCCGGAACGUGCUACACAGGGACCUGAAACCACAGAACCUCCUUAUCAACAGGAAUGGAGAACUGAAAUUGGCCGAUUUCGGGCUGGCGCGAGCGUUUGGGAUCCCGGUGAGGUGUUACUCGGCCGAGGUAGUGACGCUAUGGUACCGGCCGCCAGACGUCCUCUUUGGUGCUAAGCUGUACUCUACUUCCAUCGACAUGUGGUCAGCGGGGUGCAUAUUCGCAGAGUUGGCAAAUGCAGGAAGGCCCCUUUUUCCUGGGAAUGAUGUGGACGACCAGCUGAAAAGGAUUUUCCGGUUGCUGGGGACUCCAACAGAGGAGCAGUGGACAACUAUGACCAAACUGCCCGAUUAUAAGCCAUAUCCAAUGUAUCCAGCCACCACGUCGCUGGGAAACGUGGUCCCCAAGCUCAGUGCCACCGGAAGAGACUUGCUGCAGAACCUCCUGAAGUGCAAUCCCGUGCAGCGCAUCUCGGCCGAGGACGCCUUGCAGCACCCGUACUUUGCUGACUUUUGUCCCCCUUAGACGUUUCCUUAAAAAAAAAAAAAAAACUCUGCCAGACAGGACCUGCCCCCACCUUGACAGAACGGACCUUCCCUCUCCAUCGUACGCCACAGGAAUGGCCACGGCCACAAACAGAACCUUCUCCUGACACGUAGUACUUGUUGGGCAGCAAGAAAGUGCGAGCAGCUAACAUGACAGGCUCCUGUCAAAGCAGUCAAGUCUUCUCUUCUCCAUAAAGGCUGCCGGCUGAUGCCGGCUCUCCUGCGAGGGCCUCACUGUAACUCAGGCAUGCCUUUUAAACAUCUUGCAUGCCUGGCAAACAGGCUGAAAGUACUGUUCUCUUAGCAGAAGAUACAUGAGUAUUUGGUACAAUAACCUCUGUUGGGGAACGUUAGUCUAUCUGAACCAUACCUUUCAGCUGCAGUUAAGGAUUAAAGUUAAGGCACUAUCAGUCAGGUACUGGCUGGCUUGUAUAUUUAUGAUUUUAGGUUUAGUUUCAUUAAGGUUGAACUGUUUGCCACUUACUAACAUAGGUUUGAGAUUGUAUAAAUUAAAGGAAAAAAUGUUAUUUAAAUGUACUUAUUAUUUCUCAGGCUUUCUUGUAUGGCUCAUGGCUUAAUUUUCCUUUGAUUGCACUUUGAUUGCAAGACCUUAAAAAAAAUUGCUCUUGCUUUUUUUUUAAGUUGAUUUUCAUCAUUUGGAUUUCCAUGGAUUGAAAACGGAAGGUAGAAUCAUCCCUGUUUUGCUGGGGUGAAAUGGGCCAUAACUGUCUUUCGGACUCACACCUGUUCUCACGUUGUUGCUGCUGU